AUGAAAGACUCGAAAUCUACGCCACAACGACAAUUGUCGUCCCAGGACAAGAAAUAUAUCCAACUGGUUGAAAAAGCACUUGCAUCAUUUGAAGCACUUGAAGAAUGGGCCGAUUAUAUUGCAUUCUUAUCCAGAUUACAGAAAUCCCUUCAAUUGAACAUAGGUACCUCAAUGGACUCAUAUUUUGUGCCUCAUGCGUCUCAAGUUGCCAAUAAAUUAUCGUUGUGUUUAUCACCAACAUUACCCAACGGGGUUCAUCAAAAAGCACUUAGUGUUUAUGAAUAUAUUUUGGAAAAGUUAUCAGCAACAGAUUUGAACAAGAAUAUAAAUAUCUGGUUACCUGGUUUGUUGCCCCUUUUUUCAUAUUCAUCGAUUCUGGUCAAACCGGUUCAAAUCAAAAUAUUUCAUGAUCAAAUAUUAUCGAAAUUGGCUCAGCCAACUUUGAGGAGUAUCUCCAAGCCAUUUAUUUUAUGUCUACUUUCAGGAUUGGAUGAUGAAAAUUCGGAGGUUUUCAAUGAUGUGCUCAGUUUGAUGGAUUUCUUUAAGUUAAAACUUGGUGAUGAUUCCCAUUUUUGGCAAAGCAUGUUUCUUUGCAUUAUUAGAAAUCCAGAGAGACGACUUGGUGCUUUGCAUUGGUGUAGUAGAAGACUCCCCCUGUUUAUCAAUUCCAAAGAUUCAAAGGGAAAUCCAAUUCUUUCUGAAGAAGCACAAUUGUGCUUGAAACCUGAACCUGGUUUGCUAGUCAGGGCAUUGGCAAUUUCUAUUGGCGAUUCAAAGUCUUUUGAUAUUGUUGUUGUUAGAGGGUUCUUUGAUUUACUCUUAUCGCAUGUUCCGUUGGAUAGUGAUGUUAUCACAAAUAAGAUAACCCCCAAGGACAAGGAAGAAUUGGUCAUGUCAUGUUGCAAAAUUACCUUGAGAAGAGACAUGAGUUUGAACAGAAGAUUGUGGACAUACUUCUUGGGACCAGAAGUUGAAGGUGAUCACAAAAAGACUAUAUCAAGGUCAGAAUAUUUCAAAAAUUUUGCCGAAUCAACACUAAUUUGUGGCUUAUUGAAAUUGGUCAAUUCAGAUAGUAUAGAGCUGCAAACCGAAGCUUUUAAAAUUUUGUUGCCUUUGAUUAUGGACAAGUGGGAAAUCAGUACUGUUUUGACACCAAGAUUGUUCUCCCCUUUCUUAAAAGUAGCGUACCAAAACCGUGAUAAGCGCGAUUUGAUGAACUCGGCACAGGCUUUGUUUGACGAAAUCGAAUCUGUUUAUAUUUGGAGUGAUAUUUUGCACCUUGUCAUUGAUGGUGACAAUAAUAAUUCUGAUGAGAAUUGUCUUGAUGUUCUUGAAUUCAUUUUGAAAGACUUUAAUGUUAAUGAAGAAGAAAUGUUAACAGUUCAUUUGCCAUUUACCGUUUUGUGUCUCCUUUCUAGCGCAACACUCGAUACCACCAAAUUAAAAGCAUUGCAAUUAUUGAUAAGUUUAGUUCCAGGACGGUUAUUUGAAGCCUUGGAGCCAGUAGACGACUUUUCGAAUGAUGGGGUUGUUAACAAGAUUAAAAGCUGGUACUCGUCUAGGAUCCACGAUGAAGAAACUGAUAUUCCUUUUUCAAAAGAGCAAACAGCCUAUUUGAUUAUCUAUUAUCUUCAGGAUGUUUAUCUUGAGACUUUAACUGAUACAAGAUAUUGCGUUCAAAUUGCCACCUUGUUGAGUCAAAUUAGAAACUAUUCGCCAAGACUGGAGGUACCACUGCCACAAGAUAUUGAACUUGUGGAGAGAAUAAUGAAAUUGCCGAAAAGUUCUAUACCAUAUGAUGAAACCGGUCUUUUGGUUGCAUUUGGAAUUUCAAAGUUGAUCAACUUUUUGUCUCCCACAUUGACCCAUGAAACAAAUGAAAGGGUAUUUAAAGUUAUAUUAGCAAAUUUAUGGACAGCGAUUCAUUCUUCUGAUCCUGCUAACUACCAAGUUGAAGCUGUGAGAGCUAUCUUUGAAUUAGAAGUAUGUUAUCCAAUUGACAAAAUUGAAGCAGGGUUAAUUGAAUUAUUUUUGGAAUUACCACAAGAUAGACGUGUUAUUGCCUUUGGGAAACAUUAUGGAUCCAUUCUACAUCAAUUGGGGAGAGCGACAAGAUUUUGGAACGACCACUUCAAAUUUUGUUAG